AUGGCCGGGCGAUGCGCGUCUCUUUGCAGUGGCUGCCCAGUUCUAUCAGAGUUGCUGAGCCCACGCGAGAUCUUCACCUUGUGCAUGGUGUUGAUGCUGGGAGCCGCUGCCCUGCUCUUCGGCGUUGCUGGCCGCCAGCAGACGCAGGAGGCCCUGGUGGGCUGGUCCCAGCAACACUGGCGAGAAGCCAAGUGCCUGGUCCACGAGGCUGGCAUUGAAUACACCGGGGACUGCAACGUCCACCUGGAGGAUGCGGACUAUGGCGCUUGGCCCCCCGUGAAGAAGAGCUUCGCGGUGGCGCCAGGCUACAAGUACCAGCGGUGCCCAGAGGUUUUUCGCUCCAGCCGGACCCACUGCUCAGAGCUCAAACCUGAGACGGCGCAGGCGGAUGGGAUCAACAUGCCCAGGUACAAUCUCAUCGUGUGCCACCACAGCUUCCUGCCCUGGGCACUGGUGCAGGUUGAAGGCCUGAGCCCUUCCGAGCAAGACCAGCAUGGGAGGAACGCUUCCUGCGGCUACCAGAUGGGCUUGGCGUCUCUCUACCACGAGACCCUCAGCUCGGCGCAUGGGAGCCCGGUGGAGGGCCACGGAGAACAACCCGACUUCUCCAAGACCCGGCUCUGCGGCGACUUUAUGGACCGAGGCUGGUGCGCCAACGGCCGCAAGUGCAAGUUCGCGCAUGGCAGGCAGGAGCUCCGUCAAUCGAAGGAACCCAAGCUCGACCCGGCGCAAGCGAAUGCUUGCGCAGCGCAAGUGCCGGCAGAGUCUGGGUAUGAGCAGGCCGCCUUCAAGAUGAUGCUGGCAGCCUGCGGGUCCUUCAGCCGUCAGACAACCCACGAAGGAGUCGAGACCUCCUCCGCGAAUUUCAGCCGCUGCUCAUCGGAGUCAUCCGCAACAGGCGAAGCUUUGAGCUGCGACUGGGACGUCCGCGUUAAGAACACCUUCAUCCAGGUGGAAGAAGAGGACGCCCCGCACGACAGGGCUUUGCACAGAAGCCGAUCUCUGCCGCUUUUUUAA